AUGCAGUUCCUCGCCAUCGUCUCCCUGGCCCUUGCCGGCCUCGCCUCCGCCGCCACGGUUCCUGAGGUCAACAAGCGUGCCUCCACUCCUCCGGGCUGCGCCAACGCCUACUACAACGACGGCUCUGACGGCUCUACUGGUGGCUGGGGCUGUGCUGGAAGCACCACCUGGGGCGACUGCACCAGCUACUACUGGAAGGAGUCUCCUCCUUUUUGGUCUGAAUGGACAUCUGGGCUCCGGCGGGAUGUCUCGUUCUUCCCCAUCCUUCAGCAAUAUCACCAUUCUCAAAGCGGAUCUGAGCCUUUUUGA